CAAAAAAACAAAACAAAAUGCAUAGCAACAGCCCACAGGUAAGACUGUAAAACACCAAACCCUAACCUUCAUCUUCACCAACAACAAACCAACCUGAAACCCUAAAAAUCCAUUCUCUUCAAACAUGUCAUACUACUAAUCUCAUUGACAUCAAUCUUAUCUCUCUAGAUAUACACACACCGUGACUCUCUCUCUCUCUACGAAUACGCACAAUUCUCCCCCUCGUUCUCUAUCUACACAGAUGUCUCUCGAUGGGGCCGCAGUGGAUCGGGACAAGGCGACGGCCGCCGGGAACGGGAAUGGGAGUGGGAGCAAUGGGAACGGCGUCGUUGUGCAGACUCACACUGCGCACAGAUUGAGGUUGAACCCGAGUAUGGACCAUAAGUCCGAUAACUAUGACGACCUGCAAUUGGACUUCAGCCCGCUGCUGUAUAGCUCUCUCGAGCGAUAUCUCCCGCCUACUAUCCUUAACUCCAACCGCGAUUCUAAGGUUCAGUACAUGCGGGAAAUUCUGCUCAGGUACUCCCCGGAGGGCGAACGAACUCGCGUCCAGAAGCACAGAGAAUACAGGCAGAAGAUUAUAUCAAACUAUCAGCCUUUGCACAGGGAUCUGUAUACUAUGCAUGCUGCAAAUUUCUUUCUGCCCUCAUUUAUCAAGGCAAUCAAUGAAAACACAGAAGACAGUUUCCGAAAUAUAAUGUCUGAACCCUCUCCUGGGGUUUUUACCUUUGAGAUGCUGCAGCCUCGUUUCUGUGAAAUGCUUCUGGCUGAGGUAGAAAAUUUUGAAAAGUGGGUCCAUGAAACAAAAUUCAGAAUUAUGAGACCAAAUACAAUGAACAAAUUUGGUGCUGUUCUUGAUGACUUUGGCAUGGAAACCAUGCUUGAGAAGUUGAUGGAAGAUUUCAUUCGUCCUAUUUCUAAAGCUUUCUUUUCAGAGGUUGGUGGAUCCACUCUUGAUACACAUCAUGGUUUUGUGGUUGAGUAUGGAAUGGAUAGAGAUGUUGACCUAGGUUUCCACGUGGAUGAUUCAGAAGUCACGUUGAAUGUGUGUUUGGGCAAGCAGUUUUCUGGUGGAGAACUGUUUUUUCGUGGCAUACGUUGUGAGAAACAUGUAAAUACUGAAACACAACCAGAGGAGAGCUUUGACUAUGCCCAUGUCCCGGGCCGUGCAGUUCUUCACCGUGGUCGGCAUCGGCAUGGUGCUAGAGCCACAACAGCAGGCCAGAGGAUUAACUUACUGCUUUGGUGCAGAAGUUCUGUGUUUAGAGAGCUCAGGAAGUAUCAGAAAGAUUUUUCUAGCUGGUGUUCCGAAUGCCAGCGCGAGAAGAAGGAAAGGCAACGGCAGUCAGUCGCCGCCACUAAAUUGGAGCUACUGAGAAGAGAAGAAGCAGCUUCAUAGUUGAUUCGUGGCCCGGGGCGGGCUGAGCUCCGACUCUAUUUUCAUUUGUUGUUUAAUACUCUCUGUAAUAUAGCGCACCCCUCUUAUUUUUAGGGUAUAAAAUGCAGUUUCUUAGUGGGGAUAUUUGGAAGGGUGAUAUACAUUUUUCAGCUGUUUCCAAAAGUAGCUGUACAUUGCAUUAAUUAAUGUAGGUAUCAUGUUGUCCAGUUUGCUAACUUGGAAGUCAAUAACAUAUUUUACCAUUUUUCAUGGUGUAA